AUGAAUUCGCAUCAAGAUAUUAAAGAAACACAAGAACUAAAUGACCUUGAGGAACUAUAUACCGUAUUUUAUGCCAUAAAAGAUCCUGGUCCAUAUGCGAAGGAUAAAAACAUAACAGAGGCCGUUAUCAAAUGGCUCAAUCGCAAAGGAAUGACACAACCACAAUUAUAUCGAUUACUCAGUAAACAGGCUGACGAUGCAACUUAUGCGUGUAUUCUAGGACUCCUUUACCAUUAUGGUAUUGGUGUCCAAGUUGACCAUUCGAUGGCAUUUGUGUGUUAUGGAUACGCUGCUGAAUCCAGCAACGACGCGUUUGCGCAAAAUCAAGCAUAUAAUAAUGGCAACUUGAGUUCAACUCAGCGACUCGUUCAUUGUCAUCGAAAUGGCGACGGAACUCCCCGUGAUCCGCACAAAGCUUUAUACUUGGCAAAAAAAGACCCAAAUAUUUUUCGUUCGAUUUUGUCAGCGUGGUGA